UAAAAGGGGCUCCUGAGGAGUCGAGUCUACAUUCGCCUUGCACAUCAGCCAGACUUCAGCCAUGAGACUUCUCCUCCUGACUUUCCUGGGAGCCUGCUGCCUCACCAUAUGGACUGUGGAAGGUGUGGGGACAGAAGUUCUAGGAGAGAGUUUCUGUGUGAGCUUUACAACCCUGCCAUUGCCAGUUCAAAGAAUCAAGACUUAUACCAUCAAGGAGGGCAUAAUGAAAGCAGUAAUUUUUGUCACCAAACGAGGAUUAAAAAUCUGUGCGGAUCCACAUGCCAAAUGGGUGAAAACAGCGAUCAAAACUGUGGACAGAAAGUCCCGUCCCAGAAAGAACAUGAUUGAAACUAGUCCCACAAGAGGCCCGAGGUCUAGCAGUACAGCCAUGACCUUGUCUGGGUAGUGGUUUCCAGGACAGUGUCUCCUCAACAGCCAAGAAGCUCCUCUUGGUUUGCAGGCUCAUGGACUAAUUGUGCUAUAUCUACCUUUUAUGAAAAUGUUACAUGAAUAAAGUUGUUCUUAUUUUUUAUGACAUUCAUUUUAAGUGUUAUAAGUAAUAAAUAUUUAUUAUUGAG